AUGCAACCAAAUGACAGUGCGCAGACCCUGGUACCAGAGGUGUGUGAGCAGGUACUGGAGGAUAAUGCAGGACUGGGUUACGGUGGCUCUACUGGCAACCUGUCGCUGCGCUGCUGGCUACACUUCUUAAGCAGGGAAUCUAUACUGGAGCUACAGGGAGAUGGCUCCAGCAUCACAGUGCGUGUGAUGAUAGCUCUGGUGUACUCCGUUGUGUGUGCACUAGGGCUAGUGGGGAACUCUCUAGCACUCUACCUGCUUCACUCACGCCACAGUCAGAAGCAGUCCUCCAUCAACUGCUUUGUAAUGGGCUUGGCUGUCACCGACCUACAGUUUGUUCUCACGCUCCCCUUUUGGGCUAUUGACACGGCUCUGGACUUCCGCUGGCCCUUUGGCAAAGUAAUGUGUAAGAUCAUCAGCUCCGUGACCAUCAUGAACAUGUACGCCAGCGUCUUCUUCCUGACCACCAUGAGUGUGGCGCGGUAUUACGCGGUGACCUCGUCCCUCAAGAUGCACAGCAGGCGGGCAGCGGCAGCCAGCGCCAAGUGGAUCAGCCUGGGCAUCUGGGGAGUGUCGCUGCUAGCCACCCUGCCCCAUGCCAUCUACUCCACCAGCGCCCAGCUGUACGACGAGGAGCUGUGUUUGGUACGAUUCCCUGAGUCGGGCAGCUGGGACCCUCAGCUGCUCCUGGGGCUGUACCAGCUACAGAAAGUACUGCUGGGCUUCGUCAUCCCCUUGGUGGUCAUCACUGUGUGCUACCUGCUGCUGCUGCGCUUCGUGUUGAGCCAACGCAUCAGCGGAGCGGCCAGCUCGGAGGGCUUGGAAGGCUGCCACAAGCGUCGGUCCAAAGUCACCAAGUCGGUGGCCAUCGUGGUGCUGUCCUUUUUCCUGUGCUGGCUGCCCAACCAGGCGCUGACGCUGUGGGGCGCGCUGAUUAAGUUUGACCUGGUGCACUUCAGCAACGCAUAUUACAACGUCCAGAACUAUACCUUCCCGCUGACUGUGUGUCUGGCUCACACCAACAGCUGCCUCAACCCCGUGCUCUACUGCAUAAUCCGCCGUGAGUACCGUGCGGGCCUCAAAGAGCUGCUGCAUGCCACACCCUCCUUCAGGAGCCUGGCCAACCUGCUGCCCCGCAAGGCCAAGGCAGCAGAGGCUCCCCCUGUCAUGAUGCUGGUCCAGAUGGAUGUCUGA